UAAUGGAAAUGGGCAAUUACUGUGGUAAUACUCCGUGUGUGUGUGGGCUGUGCGGGUAAUUGUCGGGGGACUGAGUGAUGGCACAGAGCUGUCCGGAGGGUCAGUAUAUGGACAGGCUGCUGCGAGAGUGUGUGUCCUGCAGAAUGAUCUGUCACGACUCCACGAUUCUGACACGCUGCUCUGAGUUCUGCGUGGCCUGGAGAUGUAAAGCCGUGUCCGGUCAGUUCUACGACACGCUGCUGAAGAAGUGUCUGAAGUGCUCCGAGCUGUGCGGCAGUCACCCGGCGGCCUGCGCAGACGCAUGCAGGAGUGCUGUGUCCGUGACGCAGAGGCCUGUCGGCGGGUCUACAGUGCAGCUGGUGACCGACAGAGGGCGCUCAGUGCCCGGAUCAGCGCUGUACUCGGAGGCGCUGCUGUACUCGCUGCUAGGCCUCUGCAUCACCGCGCUGGUGUUCACGCUGACCGCUGCUUUCCUGCUGCUGCUCAAGAGAGCCAAACAGCAGCCGCAGCUGGACACCAAGAAACAGCAGCCCAACAAACACGGACAAUCAUCCAAAGAUUCUCUGAUGGCUCGGGUGGAUGAAGUGUCUGAAGAGGGCAGUGUGACUGUAACUCAGGACCCGCCGAAGGCCACAGAAACCUGCAUCUACUGCUUCUCCGAGCCGCCCGGCCAUCACCAUGACAACGGUGCGCUCCAUCACCCGGUUCAGACCGGGCCGUUCAGGAUCAUAUGUUCACCGACACAAACAAGCAUAUGAUAAUAACGCCAGAUCCGCGCGCUGAGGAAUAGAAAGCAUGAAACUCUACUGCACACUUCAUUCCUCAAGCAUUCCUAUGGAAACGUGACUUCACUUCAGUUUUAAUAAAAUUAAGUUAAUGCUGUUUUCAA